CAUCUUAACCUAUUCUUUCUUAUUCUCCUUUGGUUAACCCACGAUCAACAAUGGCCCACGCAGCCCCCGUUGACAUUUGGAACGGUAAUGGCAUCGCCUUGGGAGCUCCUUCUCCCAAGAAGGUUGCUUAUUUCUAUGAUUCCGACAUUGGAAACUUCGCCUACGUGUCAGGCCAUCCAAUGAAGCCUCAUCGCAUCCGGUUGGCGCACAGCUUGAUUAUGAAUUAUGGUGUGUACAAGAAGAUGGAAAUUUACCGUGCGAAACCUGCAACGCGACUCGAGAUGACCCAAUUCCAUACCGACGAGUACAUAGAUUUCUUACAGCGAGUCACCCCCGAGAAUAUGGACAAUUUUCAGAGGGAACAGGGCAAAUACAACGUUGGAGAUGAUUGUCCGGUAUUUGACGGACUAUUUGAAUUCUGUGGCAUAAGUGCCGGUGGUAGCAUGGAGGGUGCCGCUCGGCUUAACCGUCAAAAGUGCGAUAUCGCAGUCAACUGGGCGGGUGGUCUCCAUCACGCAAAGAAGUCUGAGGCUAGUGGCUUCUGCUAUGUAAAUGAUAUCGUUCUCGGAAUUCUCGAACUCUUACGAUUUAAUAAGCGCGUCCUAUAUAUAGAUAUCGAUGUACACCAUGGCGACGGCGUCGAGGAAGCUUUUUAUACCACAGAUAGGGUCAUGACGGUUUCUUUUCAUAAGUACGGCGAAUACUUCCCUGGAACCGGCGAGCUGAGAGAUAUUGGUAUCGGCCAGGGCCGUUACUACGCGACUAAUUUCCCCCUUCGCGACGGCAUAGAUGAUUCUUCAUACAAGUCAAUCUUCGAACCGGUCAUAUCAGCCGUCAUGGAAUACUAUAAUCCGGAUGCGGUCGUUCUUCAAUGUGGCGGAGACAGUUUGUCGGGUGACCGCCUCGGUUGUUUUAACCUGAGUAUGGAUGGACAUGCCAACUGCGUAAAGUUCGUCAAGAGUUUCAACCGACCAACUCUGGUCCUUGGUGGUGGCGGUUACACAAUGCGUAAUGUCGCCCGUACCUGGGCCUUUGAGACUGGUCUGCUUGUUGAUGCUCAGAUGGAUCGAACCCUACCAUUUAAUGAAUAUUACGAUUAUUAUGGGCCUGAUUACUCGCUUGACGUGCGUGCCUCCAACAUGGAGAACGCCAAUAGCCCCGAGUAUCUAGAGAAGAUAAAAAAUCAACUGAUCGAAAAUCUUCGACGUACCGCCCAUGCUCCAUCUGUUCAGAUGCAGGAUGUUCCCCGUCACUCGAUGGGAGCAAUGUCUGAUGAAGAAGAAGCUGAGCUUGACGACCUCGACGAGGACGAAAAUAAAGAUGUUCGCAUGAGUCAGCGCCAGUGGGAACAGCGCAUAGAGCGGGACAACGAAUACGAGGAAAGCGAUAAUGAGGACUUGGACAAAGCAAACGGAGUUCAUCGAAACGGCAACACGCGACGGACAUUCAUCGACUAUCACAAUUCAGAUGUUGAAGCUGAUAGCGGCGCCGUGACGCCUGCCAACGGCUCUGUUGAACAUGUCAUCAAAUCCAAGGAGACGGAUGACAUCGUUAUGGAGGAUGUAGUAGACAAGGAACCUGAGGUCGAAGCAAAUACUCGUGAUAACUCCCAGCCAGAGGAGAAGGAUACUGAGCACGAAAGCAAGGCUGCUAGUAUUGCUGAUCAGGAAGGAGCACCAAAAGGAUCCCAGGGAGUCGCCAAGUCCGAUAAAGAUGGCAGUGAAAGCGAAAAGACUGCUGCUGCUGAAAACGAGUCUGCGAGCGAAAAGACUGAGACAUCUAAGGAGGCUGACGAGACGAUGCGGGAUGUCGGUGAAAGCAAAGCACCAACGGAAGAGGCUGAAAAGGCGCCUAGCGCAGCGCCAGAGGCUAAGAGCACCCCGGAAGCUGAAAAAGUCGAUCAGGAUGGGGACGUCGACAUGGACGCCCCGGUUGCCGCCGUCCCUGAGCCAAAGCAAGAGAAUGGAGCAGACGCCAAGGACCAGCCCGCAAAGAAAGCUGACGCUGCGUCGCCUAGUUCUGCGGAGCCCGCCAGUAAAGACAAGGACAAGGACAAGGAAAAGGAAGAUGCGAGCUCCUAAGAAGAUCCAAACACUAAUUUUGAUACCCACGUUUUGAAUCUUCUCGUUCUUCCAAGUCUUUAAAGCAACCGGUGUAUAGGAGAUGAAUGGGACGGAAUAGGGAUGGUGUUCAUCGGGUUCCUCUUCAGAUCAUUGUAGAUUAGCCGAGCGAACGGCGUUCAGGUUUCCCGGCAGCAUCAGUGGCGGAGGGACGGCCGUCUUGCGUUAAGUUGGCGGGCUCGCUCCUUAGCUAGGUUAUUUUGCUUAGAGCUUUGUGAUUUUAUGUGAUGGUUUUUAAAUCCCGUGAUUGAGGUGAUCUGCUGAUGUGUUGAAGUUACCGUAUCUAAUUUGACCAAACAAUAUUGUUACCUCGAUGAAAAUAAUAUGUGGAUCGUAACCUUGGGUGGUUAAAUAGGUACCUAGGUAGUUAAGAGGAUAUAGUAAGUUCUGUUUUGGAGAAGUAGACUUUACAUUUUUCAUAGCAUUUCUCUUUUGCAGUUGGCUUGGCCCUAUAUCUACACCAAAUAUUAUCACUGGUGUGUAAUACCGGGGGCAACCAUUCACUACAACCUUACUCUAGACAAUUGGGUAGGAAUCGUUCCGGAUGAUAGAGGGGAGAGUUACACAACUGCAGCGCAGACACUAC